AUGGUAAAGCGUUAUACAGGUUUUUCUGCGGCAUUCAAUAAUAACAGGGCUAGCUGUACAUCGGAAGGGAUUCUUCAUAGGUGUCUGAAAAGUGUUGACUUUUUGGCUAGUGAUGAUGAACAAACAGUUUCGUUCGUUAAAAGGCGAUGUGUAUCAACUGUCCUGACAGGCCAUAUGACAGAAAAUCUGAAGACGCCGCUAUUAUCCGACAACUUCCAUCUAGAACAUCCUGAAGCUCAACAAGACAUUAGAGAAGGGUUUGACCUAAAUAAUUGUGUGUGCAAUGAAAUAACGUAUCUUAAAACGCUUGAUAUAUUCAGGAACGUGAAAAGCGUUGCCGUCGUUGGCAGUUUAACAUUUUUCUCCACGUUUCAUCUUGAAAAACUACUGGUUCAAUCAGGCAUUAAGGUUGCAUCAAGUGCUACAGCAGCAAACUGUAUAAUACUAGGAUGGUGGAUUCAGGGUGGGGUAUUAGACAGUAUUGACAAAAGCACGCGAAUUAUUACUGAAGAGGAAUUUUUCGAUUCUCUGACUGUGGGCGUCAAAGAAAGAUGUAAACACAUUAAAUUCCAGAGAUACACAAAUAUACUGGAAAAACGAAAUGGCAGAAGAACGCUCCUGAAAGAUGCAUUGCACCCUAGGUGUAUAGGCCACGUAUUAGGACACAAGGAUGCAUUCCGCAUGUUUUAUGAGUUCUUAUUUGCGGCUAAGGUUGGUGAAGAUGGUAAAAGCGAACCCCACGUGAAGGGGAGAAACGUGUGUGUCAUUAUUUAUCCCCCCGGGUGCGGAAUACGCAUCGGAAUAGAACUUAUAUGUAAUGCAAUGGGUUAUUGGUGUUUGUAUACAGAUCUAGGUAUUUCCGCUGAUAAGCUGACCGCUCCAAAGGAAAUAAAACCCAUUAACAUUUACUGCAGAGAGGUCUUAGACACACUCACAGUGGAACAAAUAGUUGAAGCAAACAAGAUAGCGAUUGUUAUGAUAGAAGAUAUCGAGUCCAAAUAUAUAGCAUUUAGUCGCCCAUGUUCUGGUGAUUCGUUUAGAGCGAGAGGAACAGCACAAACGAACAUCCCAAGCUGGGUUAAAAGCUACGCGGUCUGCAUACCCAUUUUCCCCACCACCGACUUGGCGUGCCGUGUACUCGUGCGCUCUAUACUGUGUAAUCUCGUAAAUAAGAAGUUAGUUGACGAGUGCCAUGUGGAAUACCUCAUAAAAAGUGGCAGGACCAAAAGCGGAUAUGUGGAUCUGGAGAGGGUCAUCAACAACAUAGAUUUCUACCACACUUCGAUCCCGCGGAUCGGUGCCAUCCAACUAAUAGAGGAAAAUAUGGAGGAACGCGCGUAUAGCGAGGCUACAGAUUUCGGUCAGAAGUACGCAAGUAGCUUGCAAAUUGUGGAAAGCGAAUAUCACUCUAUUUGCCGGACGCGUGUAAUGGACAACGCCGAUGUUUAUGCCCCACUGGCUUGUAUUAUUAAGGAAGACGAUGCCAAUACAGAAUCUGCGGUGAGGUAUGACGCUGCAGACACAAGUAACAUGUGUGUCGAAAUUAGCAAGUUACUUGGGAAUGUCAGAAGUUUAGAAAAGCAGUUCAGGAAAGACCAUACAGAACUCACUAGACUCCGCAGGAAAUUAGCGACAACUAAUAUUGUGCCAUGCGAAAGCUACGGUCCACUGAGCCCAUGUCUUGUUUGA